CAUCGGCUGAGCCAAGUGGGCCGAGCCCCUCCCCGAGAGCGUGCUCACCUACAUGACCCAGACGUCCGCCCUGACCUACGGCCCCCAGGCCGAUCACCCAGGCAGCCUCCCGCCUCAAGCCCGCGGCCACCUCCAGCCCGACGAUCUCAGCCCGAAGGGGGACAGCACCGUGGACAGGCAGAAUCUGGUUGCAGCUCUGGGCACCCACAUGGCCCGAAAACCCCCGGUGUCCCCCAGAGACAGGGCCCCUGGGCCCCUGGAGCUUCUUCCCUGGCCUUGGAGAGCACAGAGGGUCCUCUCAGUGCCUGCCGACCCCCAUAAAUGGCCUUCAUCUCUGGGAGACCCCCUCGGCCCUCUGAGUGUGGGCACUGACCCUGGCGUCCAGGCGCUCCUGCGGGACCUGGGACAGCGCCAGGCUGACGGGGACGCGCCGGGCCCCCUGGGCCUCGACGACAUGGCCCGUCUGACCGGUAGUGCUGCGUGGGGUGCGGGGCCGGGAGGGCAGCUGGACAGCGCCAGCAGCGAGGCCGGAGAGGACCCAGGCCAGCAGGCGGCCCUGCCAGACCCCGGCGGCAGGAGGGGCAGCGACGGCCUGUCAGAGCCACCGCCCGGAGGGUCCAUAAGGCCGUCUCUUGCAGGUGCCCGUGAGCGAGACGCCAGCCGGCGAGCGCAGGAGGAGGCCCCUCGACUGAGCCCCCCGCCCCAAGCCCCCUCCAUAGGCACCGGCGCCCGCCUCCUACCCGGGGGCCCGCCCCCUCGGGCCCCCUUCACCGUGGAGAGGAAGAAGUCGGAGGUGCCCCCGUCCUCGGAGGAGGAGCACGCGGGGGCGGAAGAUGUGAGGAGCCGCACCUACUCCAGGGAGCUGCCGCCUGGGGGCCGCGAGCAGGGGGCCUGGCACCCCGGGACAGCGGUGGGGGGCCGCCCCGGCCAGGGCCUGCAGCUGCAGGCCCCCCCUCCCCAGGAGGAGCGCGGCUACCUGGUGACUGACCGCGACCCCCUGGGACCAGCACAGGCGACCGAGCUGCUGCAGCGCGUGGCCGGCCUCCUGGAGCUGCCCGCGGGCAUCCUGGGCGCCUCCAGCGUCCUGGGACCCGCGGUCACCUUCACUGUCAGCCCCAAUGGCCGGAACGUGACGGCCGCCGACGUGGCCAGGACUGCAGCUGCCAACAAGGACGCGCUGGAGAAAGCCUCGGGGCUGAAAAUCCUCCAGGCGGGAGCCGGGCCGGAGCUGUGCCGGCAGCGCAUGACCACACGCGCGAGUGACCGGCCCGAGGCCCCACAUGCGUCCCGCAUCAGCAGCGUCUCGUCCCAGCUCAGCGAUGGGCCAGGGCCCAGCCCCUCCGCCCGGAGCAGCACCUCCUCCUGGUCUGAGGAGCCCGUGCCGUCCAGCAUGGACAUCUCCACUGGCCACAUGGUGCUGGCCUACAUGGAGGACCACCUGAAGAACAAGAACCGGCUGGAGAAGGAGUGGGAGGCGCUGUGCGCCUACCAGGCGGAGCCCAACAGCUCCCUCGUGGCGCAGCGGGAGGAGAACGCGGCCAAGAACCGCUGCCCCGCGGUGCUGACCUAUGAUCACUCCAGGAUCCUGCUGAAAUCUGAAAACAGCCACAGCCACUCGGACUACAUCAACGCCAGCCCCAUCAUGGACCACGACCCCCGCAGCCCCGCCUACAUCGCCACCCAGGGCCCGCUGCCCGCCACCACGGCUGACUUCUGGCAGAUGGUGUGGGAGAGCGGCUGCGCCGUCAUCGUCAUGCUCACCCCGCUGGCGGAGAACGGCGUCCGGCAGUGCCACCCCUACUGGCCCGACGAAGGCGCCACCCUCUACCACGUCUACGAGGUCAACCUGGUGUCUGAGCACAUCUGGUGCGAGGACUUCCUGGUGAGGAGCUUCUACCUGAAGAACCUGCAGACCAGCGAGACCCGCACGGUGACGCAGUUCCACUUCCUGAGCUGGUAUGACCAGGGUGUGCCCGCCUCCGCCAGGUCGCUGCUGGACUUCCGCAGAAAAGUAAACAAGUGCUACCGGGGCCGCUCUUGUCCAAUAAUUGUGCACUGCAGCGACGGCGCGGGCCGGAGCGGCACCUACGUCCUGAUCGACAUGGUCCUCAACAAGAUGGCCAAAGGCGCGAAGGAGAUCGACAUCGCGGCCACCCUGGAGCACCUGCGGGACCAGAGGCCGGGCAUGGUCCAGACGAAGGAGCAGUUCGAGUUUGCGCUGACGGCCGUGGCGGAGGAGGUGAACGCCAUCCUCAAGGCCCUGCCCCAGUGACCGGCCCGCGCCGGCCUCCAGCAGCAGCCCCGGACGCCACCAUCAGCACCGUCCAGCAGCCCGUGCGUGUGCGUGCGUGAGCGUGCGUGUGCGUGAGUGUGCAUGUGAGCGUGCUUGUGCAUGUGUGUACAUGUGCGAGUGUGUGCAUGUGAGAGUGCGUGUGCGUGCAUGAGCGUGUGUGCGCGUGUGUGCAUGUGUGUGCGCGUGAGUGUUCAACCAAGCAGCAGUGCCCCACACGCCACCCUCCUGUCUUCACGCUCGCCCCUGCACCCCUGGUCUCUGGAGGAGGCUGGACUCUGACCUGGGGGUGGGGGGACAGGUCAGCCGUGCAGGGGGUACCCCAGCGAGGGGUGGGCACCCCAAGGCCGCAGGUGCCCAACAGCGGCCCCCACCCACAGGGUCCCUGAGACGAUCACCCCGGGAGAUCGUGCUGCCCAGAGUAGGGGCCCCGCCAGCACACGGCGGCCUCGGCUACAAAGCAAGGACACGGCCAAACCGGCCCCGUCCUGCACCCCUGCCCCCCAUGCUCCCGCUCCCCAGGCCAGCAGGGCCCCCCAGGACCAGCCACCCGGGGACUGCUGAGGGGGCGGCGGGCACAGGG